AUGAGCGGGUUCUCUCGGGCACCUACCCGCAAGCAGCAAAGUCAGCUCAUCUCCAGGCGCAGAUCCCCAGAGGGCAUCCUCCACAACAUCGAGGCACGGACAACCCCCGUGGCGCUCGCCAAAGUGAGGUCUUUCGGUACCGAAGACCGUCCCACAGAUAGGCCGGCCCCCCCGCGAGAGGAGAUCUAUGAGUACAUCAUUUUCCGGGGAAGUGAUAUCAAAGAUAUCACCGUGUGUGAGCCUCCGAAAGCCCAGCACACGCUCCCGCAGGACCCUGCUAUCGUCCAAUCUUCCCUGGGCUCGGGCUCGGCCUCCUCCUUCCAGCCACACGUGCCUUACAGCCCCUUCAGAGGGAUGCCGCCCUACAGCCAGCUGGCUGCCAGCUCUCUGCUUAGCCAGCAGUACGCCGCUUCCUUGGGUCUAGAGAAGCUGGUGAGCCCUCCAGCCUCGGCCGCAGCUUCCAGCCCUAGCUCUUCUCCGUCUCCACAGCCCGCCUCAGAGCUUGACGUGUCCUCAGAGCCACAUCAGCUCACCUCCAAGGGAGCUGGUUUUCCAUCCGUCCCAGUCGGCAAGAGCCCCAUGGUGGAGCAGGCCGUCCAGACUGGUUCUGUCGAUAACCCGAAUGCCAAAAAGCUGUUACCUGGCAAGGCCACCGUGGGGAUGCAGCUGAACGGGCGCCCGGCCCAGCCGGGCGGCAAGACCACCAGCGAUGUAGUUCAGCCGACAGCCGUGCAGAGUCAAGGGCAGGUGAACGACGAGAACAGAAGACCUCAGAGGAGGAGAUCAGGGAACAGACGAACGAGGAAUCGCUCCAGAGGGCAAAACCGCCCGACUAACGUCAAAGAGAACACGAUCAAGUUUGAAGGCGACUUUGAUUUUGAGAGUGCAAACGCCCAGUUCAACAGAGAGGAGCUGGACAAAGAGUUUAAGAAGAAACUGAAUUUUAAAGGUGUUUGGCGUUAUGCAGAGGGUGCCCUCCCCACCAAGGAGUGUCUGGACGGCAGGCCCCCUGAAGUGCGGGUCCGGGUGUGGGGGCUGGGCGCGUGCUACUGCAGUGUGGUCGGCAAGGACUGCCGUCACCAGCUGGCCUCCCUGCCCCGCAGGGACCCCCAGGGCUGGACCCCGCACCAUCCAGAACAGCAGACGUGGCUGUUUGGACCGAAAGCGCCCCGCAUCACUGAAAUGGGUUUCUGGGGGUCUUUGAAAGGCCCGCCCCAUCCACCGUGUCACUGCUCCCUCGGUGCCUGCCUGUGGUUCCGCUGGGCCCAGAGCAGGCCCAAGCAGCAGGGGGCUGGCCUGCAACGGCACGCACCGUGUGGGGCAGGGGUGCCCGAUGGUGGUCCUGUCACCGGGACUGGUGGCAGAGCUUCCUGUGAAGCUGUGAAGCUGCAGGGGUGA